AUGCUCCAGAGACAGCGAGGUAUGGUCAUUUGAGAAGUAUAGUAACAAAAACACAAGAGGGUCAUUAGGAAUCAUAGAAUAAAAUACAACAACUUUAUAUCUAAUGAAUGCCUUUAGCAAGUUUUGUGCUGGACUAUGCUAUGGGUUUCAUAGAAGGGACUGUAUGUUGUGGAGAGAAAUGUGUGUGGAAAUGUGUGUAACAUAUUUUACCUCUUUCUUUGACCCACAGGCUAUUUAACUGUCACUAUUGAGCCUCUCCCUCCCGUUGUGAUUGGAGACACGGUAACGCUCAAGUGCAAUUUCAGGACGGAUGGCAACCUGCGAGAGAUUGUGUGGUUUCGGGUGAGUAGGGGGGCCUUGAUGUCUGUGUAUGAACUGUAUGGUUGUUUGCAACAGCACAUACUGUAUCUUGUGUUUACUUCUAUGAGAAGCUUUUGACUAGGUCGGCUUUGUUCUCUGCCAUUUUCAAUUUUCCUGACAAAUGUGUCAAAUCUUUUGACGCAAAGAGAGAGAGCAUUAGAUACAGUACAUAACUGUACUAUAUCUAAUGACUUCUCAAGAGCUACUCGGUUUGAUAAGCUCCUUGUGAAAAUUUACUUCAAACUCUCAUGAACUAACUAAACUGAUUAAAGUGGCAAAAGAAGAGGCUUCAAAGCUCUCUAGCCUUCAUGACUUGGAAAAUAAUAACUGUGUGCAUCGAUUAAAAAAAACGGAUUAAGCAACAUCUCACAGCACAACGCCUCUCCACUAUUUGACCUAGAUAUUUUGUGUGUAUGUAUUGAUAUGUAGGCCAUGUGUGCCGUUUUAAAAUGUAUGUAGUUCUGUCCUUUAGCUGUUUUAUGUUCUGUGUGGACCCCAGGAAGAGUAGCUGCUGCUUUCGCAACAACUAAUGGGGAUUCUAAUAAAAUACCAAAUACCAAGAUUGUGUUUUGUGUAGAAACUUGUGUUACAUGUAUGUCAAAUCAAAUCAAAUUGUAUUUGUCACAUGCGCCGAAUACAACAGGUCUAGACCUUACUGUGAAAUGCUUACUUACAAGCCCUUAACCAACAAUGCAGUUCAAGAAAUAGUUAAGAAAAUAUUUACUAAAUAAACUAAAGUAAAAAAUGAAAUAAAAAGUAACACAAUAAAAUAGCAAUAACGAGGCUAUAUACAGGGGAUACCGAGUCAAUGUGUGUGGGUACAGGUUAGUCGAGGUAAUUUGUACAUGUAGGUAGGGGUAAAGUGGCUAUGCAUAGAUAAUAAACAGUGAGUAGCAGCAGUGUAAAAACAAAGGGGGGUGGGGAUCUCAUUGUAAAUAGUCCGGGUGGCCAUUUGAUUAAUUGUUCAGCAGUCUUAUGGCUUGGGGGUAGAAGCUGUUAAGGAGCAUUUUGGACCUAGACUUGGUGCUCCAGUACCGCUUGCCAUGCGGUAGCAGAGAGAACAGUCUAUGACUUGGGUGACUGGAGUCUGACAAUUUUUUGGGCCUUCCUCUGACACCGCCUAGUAUAUAGGUCCUGGAUGGCAGAAAGCUUGGCCCCAGUGAUGUACUGGGCAGUACGCACUACCCUCUGUAGCGCCUUACAGUCGAAUGCCGAGCAGUUGCCAUACCAGGCAGGGAUGCAACCGGUCAGGAUGCUCUCGAUGGUGCAGCUGUAUAACUUUUUGAGGAUUUGGGGACCCAUGCCAAAUCUUUUCAGUCUCCUGAGGGGGAAAAGGUGUUGCCGUGUCCUCUUCACGACUGUCUUGGUGUGUUUGGACCAUGAUAGUUUGUUGGUGAUGUGGACACCAAGGAACUUGAAAUUCUCAACCCGCUCCACUGCAGCCACGUCAAUGUUAAUGGGGGCCUGUUCGGCCCUCCUUUCCCUGUAGUCCACGAUCAGAUCCUUUGUCUUGCUCACAUUGAGGGAGAGGUUGUUGUCCUGGCACGACACUGCCAGGUCUCUGACUUCCUCCCUAUAGGCUGUCUCAUCGUUGUCGGUGAUCAGGCCUACCACUGUUGUGUCGUCAGCAAACUUAAUGAUGGUGUUGGAGUCGUGCUUGGCCACGCAGUCGUGGGUGAACAGGGAGUACAGGAGGGGACUAAGCACGCACCCCUGAGGGGCCCCAGUAUUGAGGAUCAGCGUGGCAGAUGUGUUGUUGCCUACCCUUACCAUCUGGGGGCGGCCUGUCUGGAAGUCCAGGAUCCAGUUGCAGAGAGAGGUGUUUAGUCCCAGGGUCCUUAUCUUAGUGAUGAGCUUUGUGGGCACUAUGGUGUUGAACACUGAGCUGUAAUCAAUGAACAGCAUUCUCACAUAGGUGUUCCCUUUGUCCAGGUGGGAAAGGGCAGUGUGGAGUGUGAUUGAGAUUACGUCAUCUGUGGAUCUGUUGGGGCGGUAUGCGAAUUGGAGUGGGUCUAGGGUUUCUGGGAUGAUGGUGUUGAUGUGAGCCAUGACCAGCCUUUCAAAGCACUUCAUGGCUACCGACGUGAGUGCUACGGGGCGGUAGUCAUUUAGGCAGGUUACCUUUGCUUUAUUGGGCACAGGGACUAUGGUGGUCUGCUUGAAACAUGUAGGUAUUACAGACUCGGUCAGGGAGAUGUUGAAAAUAUCAGUGAAGACACUUGCCAGUUGGUCCGCGCAUGCUCUGAGUACACGUCCUGGUAAUCCGUCUGGCCCUGCGGCCUUGUGAAUGUUGACCUGUUUAAAGGUCUUGCUCAUAUCGGCUACGGAGAGCGUGAUCACACAGUCGUCUGGAACAGCUGGUGCUCUCUUGCAUGCUUCAGUGUUGCUUGCCUCGAAGAGAGCAUAAAAGGCAUUUAGCUCGUCUGGUAGGCUCGCGUCACUGGGCAGCUCGCGGCUGGGUUUCCCUUUGUAGUCCGUAAUAGUUUGCAAGCCCUGCAACAUCCGAUGAGCGUCAGAGACGGUGUAGUAGGAUUAAAUCUUAGUCCUGUUUUGACGCUUUUCCUGUUUGAUGGUUUGUCUGAGGGCAUAGCGGGAUUUUCUUAUAAGCAUCUGGAUUAGUGUCCCGCUCCUUGAAAGCGGCAGCUCUAGCCUUUAGCUCGGUGCUGAUGUAGCCUGUAAUCCAUGGCUUCUGGUUGGGAUAUGUAUGUACGGUCAGUGUGGGGACGACGUCAUCGAUGCACUUAUUGAUGAAGCCGGUGACUGAAGUGGUAAACUCCUCAAUGCCAUUGGAUGAAUCCCGGAACAUAUUCCAGUCUGUGCUAACAAAACAGUCCUGUAGCGUAGCAGCCGCGUCAUCUGACCACUUCCGUAUUGAGCGAGUCCCUGGUACUUCCUGCUUUAGUUUUUGCUUGUAAGCAGGAAUCAUGAGGAUAGAAUUAUGGUCAGAUUUGCCAAAUGGAGGGGGAGGGAAAGCUUUGUAUGCGUCGCUGUGUGUGGAGUAAAGGUGGUCUAGAGUUUUUUUUCCCUCUGGUUGCACAUGUGACAUGCUGGUAGAAGUUAGGUAAAACGGAUUUAAGUUUGCCUGCAUUAAAGUCCCCAGCCACUAGGAGUGCCGCUGCUGGAUGAGCAUUUUCUUGUUUGCUUAUAGCCUUAUACAGCUCGUUGAGUGCGGUCUUAGUGACAGCAUCGGUUUGUGGUGGUAAAUAGACGGCUACGAAUAAUAUAGAUGAAAAGUGUCAAGGGUGUGUAAUGUGAUGUAUUCCUUCACUUUCUAGGUGACAGAGGGUGGCAGUGCCAAGCAGAAGAUCUUCACCUACGAUGCCAUGUACAACACCAACUUCUCCCAUAUGGAGGACUUCCACAGACGAGAAGACUUGGUCUACCAAUCAACUGUCCGGUAAGCUUGAACUGUAGGCGGCAGCCUCAAGAAAGAGAGCAUUGAUCAGUGUUUUCACCCCCAAGUGUAGGCUUAUUUUAUUUGUUCGUCUCUUAUCUUAUUUUAUCGUAUCUUAUUGUAUUUUAAUUGAUCUUAUUCAAUGCUUUGAGUACCUGGAAAACUCCUAACCUGUAUGGUUAUUUUCUUCAUUGGUUUGUUGUUGUGUUGCCAGGCUCCCUGAGGUCCAGAUGGAAGAUGAUGGGCCGUAUGAGUGCCACGUGGGGAUCUACGACAAGGCCUCUAGAGACAGGGUUGUCUUAGCCUCUGGCAGCAUCGUGCUCAUUGUCAUGGGUAAUAUUCAAGAGAAUUAACGCUAUAUUGAUAUGAUCAUGAAUGAUAUGAUCAUAUGGUAUUUGAUAGGGUUUUGUGAAUGGCAGGUUUUGUAGCCUUCGUCCAACAUCCACGCUUCUAUCUGUCUAUUAGUAUUUCUAUCACCUCUGCCUCCCCCUACUGUUGAGAUGUGGGAAAUGCACAGGAGACUACUUUCUGCUAGUCUUUCUAGAAAUCCGGGUUGCCUCCCACAAUGUUCCAGCUUAACAUGUCUGUACAUAAUAGAAUGUCAGUUUGGCACUGCCUACGCCACUGCCUGAUCCGCUUGAAUAAAAUACAAAAUAAUAGCUAGCAAGAUGGAGAUCACAGAGGUUAUUUUUAUGAGUGCAUUUCGCAAGUGGCUAGUUUGCAUCAACUAACUUCACUAAAAUCAUUGUAAAGGUUUUGCCUGCAAACUUUGGUUUCGAAUUGCGACGUUCUGGGAUGUCUACCUUGUGAUUUGUUGUGAGAGUUGUCUGUCUGACCCACCCUGGAAUCCCCUCCCCCUUAUCGAAGUUACCAAGAGAGUCCAUCUUGUAUACCAGACCCUAGUCACUGCUGUUGCCUAGGGUCGGGUCUACGAGACUAACUUUGUGCCAUCAAGUACAGUACAGACAUGAAAGACCUGUCUGUUUCAUGUUUUAGUUUGUUUUAUAUGUAGCCCUUCUGAAAAUUCUAGAUGCAAAAUAUGCCUAUAUGUGGAUGGAUUUCUUGUUUUGAGUCACAGGUUCUAUGCUCUUUUCCUCCAUAGUGCCUCCUAAGUCCAUUUCUGUAGUGGCAGCAGACUGCCCGGCCCCCUUCAGUCGCUAUGAUGCCCAGAACUUCACUCUAGUCUGCAUCGUCAUGGGAGGAAAGCCAGCCCCUAUGGUGAGUUUGACAACAUGCAAACAGUCCUCAUACUGAAAUAUAUAGGUAGAAAUACUCACUGAACUUUUGAAAUGACGGGUGUGAUUGGUUGUUACGGGCUCUUACGAUGUCAUUAUCCUUUCAGGUGUACUUCAAGCGUGACGGCGAGCUGAUUGAGGUGGUCCCCUCUAUUAUGGAGGGUGGAGGGGGCCAAUCCCAGGGCAGGGGCCUGGCAGGGCUACGGGGCUCUAGGCCCCUGAUAAGCAGAGACCUGGAUGACACCAAGCUGAAGAAGUCCCUCUCCCUGCUGGACCUGGACACCCCUGGGAUCGGAGGGACGGGGAAGAUGGGAGGGGCCGGGGGUGAGCCAGGAAGUCUGGAGGGGUCUGAGCCCAGCCCCACCACCACGGAGGUGAUCCCAGAGACGGUGGUAAGCCGGGAGUUCCCCCGCUGGGUGCAGAGCACUGACCCGCUCUACUACUUCAAGCAUCGGCGGCAGGCGUCCAGCGACGGCACCAUGGAGGUCAGAGCCAUGCUCACCUGGAGCCUCAACCCCCAGCUGGACAACGACGCCCUGUUCAGCUGCGAGGUCAAGCACCCAGCUCUGUCCAUGCCCAUGCAGGCUGAGGUCACUCUGUGUGAGUACCAGAUUAGACCAUGAAAAUCAGCUGGAUACCAAAUAGUAAUCUCUCUCUGAGAACAUAAACCCACUUUUUAAUGCCAACCAGAUACUCGAUACCCAAGGAGUCCAUGUCUGUAUUAACCUAUCAGAGCUAGGGAUGCAAGGGGAGAGAACAUUCUAAAAUAAUACCUUUCUAAAAUAAUAGUUAAAAUUCACUAUAGGUAUUUUUCCUGAAUUAACGGAAAAUGAACAUGGUGUCUGAAAGUUCGUAAUUUGGGGAAUAUACACUGAGUAUACAAAACUUUAUGAAGUGUAGAUGAAGGGGAGGAGACAGGUUAAAGAAGGAUUGUUAAGCCUUGAGACAACUGAGACAUGGAAUGGGCAAGACAAAAAUAUUGAAGUGCCUUUGAACGGGGUAUGGUAGAAGGUGCCAGGCACACUAGUUUGAGUGUGUCAACAACUGCAAUGCUACUGUUUUUUUCACGCUCAACAGUUUCCUGUGUGUAUCAAGAAUGGUCCACCACCCAAAAGACAUCCAGCCAACUUGACACAACUAUGGGAAUCAUUGGAGUCAACAUGGGCCAGCAUCCCUGUGGAAACCUUUCGACACCUUGUAGAGUCCAUGCCCCGACGAAUUGAGGCUGUUCUGAUGGCUAAAGGGUGGGGUGCAACUCAAUAUUAGGAAGGUGUACCUAAUGUUUGGUGUACUCAGUAUAUAUACAACCCUACUUAGAUCUAAUGCAUUCAGUAAUGGCAGAAAACAGGCACUUUCCAGCCUAAAGCAUCAGCCAACUACAGGAAAAUACAGUACAGAGAACCUGAUCACUAUUAACACUAUGCUUUAGCUCAGGAUCCAGCAGCAGCCAGCAACUAUUUAGAGGCAGUGACUCACUUAAUGAGGAUGCUCUUUAAUGGAGUAUUUUGUUCAGAGGAUCCAUUAGUUCUGCUUAGAAAUGCUCUAGAAAUCUCACAGCAGAUUAGCCAUUUUCUACACAGUUACAGUGGGGGGAAAAAAGUAUUUAGUCAGCCACCAAUUGUGCAAGUUCUCCCACUUAAAAAGAUGAGAGAGGCCUGUAAUUUUCAUCAUAGGUACACGUCAACUAUGACAGACAAAAUGAGAAAUAAAAAUCCAGAAAAUCACAUUGUAGGAUUUUUAAUGAAUUUAUUUGCAAAUUAUGGUGGAAAAUAAGUAUUUGGUCAAUAACAAAAGUUUCUCAAUACUUUGUUAUAUACCCUUUGUUGGCAAUGACACAGGUCAAACGUUUUCUGUAAGGUUUUCACACACUGUUGCUGGUAUUUUGGCCCAUUCCUCCAUGCAGAUCUCCUCUAGAGCAGUGAUGUUUUGGGGCUGUCGCUGGGCAACACGGACUUUCAACUCCCUCCAAAGAUUUUCUAUGGGGUUGAGAUCUGGAGACUGGCUAGGCCACUCCAGGACCUUGAAAUGCUUCUUACGAAGUCACUCCUUCGUUGCCCGGGCGGUGUGUUUGGGAUCAUUGUCAUGCUGAAAGACCCAGCCACGUUUCAUCUUCAAUGCCCUUGCUGAUGGAAGGAGGUUUUCACUCAAAAUCUCACGAUACAUGGCCCCAUUCAUUCUUUCCUUUACACGGAUCAGUCGUCCUGGUCCCUUUGCAGAAAAACAGCCCCAAAGCAUGAUGUUUCCACCCCCAUGCUUCACAGUAGGUAUGGUGUUCUUUGGAUGCAACUCAGCAUUCUUUGUCCUCCAAACACGACGAGUUGAGUUUUUACCAAAAAGUUAUAUUUUGGUUUCAUCUGACCAUAUGACAUUCUCCCAAUCCUCUUCUGGAUCAUCCAAAUGCACUCUAGCAAACUUCAGACAGGCCUGGACAUGUACUGGCUUAAGCAGGGGGACACGUCUUGCACUGCAGGAUUUGAGUCCCUGGCGGCGUAGUGUGUUACUGAUGGUAGGCUUUGUUACUUUGGUCCCAGCUCUCUGCAGGUCAUUCACUAGGUCCCCCCAUGUGGUUCUGGGAUCACUUUGUGAUCAUUUUGACCCCACGGGGUGAGAUCUUGCGUGGAGCCCCAGAUCGAGGGAGAUUAUCAGUGGUCUUGUAUGUCUUCCAUUUCCUAAUAAUUGCUCCCACAGUUGAUUUCUUCAAACCAAGCUGCUUACCUAUUGCAGAUUCAGUCUUCCCAGCCUGGUGCAGGUCUACAAUUUUGUUUCUGGUGUCCUUUGACAGCUCUUUGGUCUUGGCCAUAGUGGAGUUUGGAGUGUGACUGUUUGUGGUUGUGGACAGGUGUCUUUUAUACUGAUAACAAGUUCAAACAGGUGCCAUUAAUACAGGUAACGAGUGGAGGACAGAGGAGCCUCUUAAAGAAGAAGUUACAGGUCUCUGAGAGUCAGAAAUCUUGCUUGUUUGUAGGUGACCAAAUACUUAUUUUCCACCAUAAUUUGCAAAUAAAUUCAUAAAAAAUCCUACAAUGUGAUUUUCUGGAUUUUUUUUCCUCAAUUUGUCUGUCAUAGUUGACGUGUACCUAUGAUGAAAAUUACAGGCCUCUCUCAUCUUUUUAAGUGGGAGAACUUGCACAAUUGGUGGCUGACUAAAUACUUUUUUCCCCCACUGUACAUAUGUAAUUACAUAAGCACACACACCUACACACGCAUACUCUGUAUGCAGCACAUCCACGGGCAUCAGUUCAUGAUGAAUACACGGCAAACCUCAUAUCAGUUAGUAUGAGUGGAUUACUAGAUAUAGAGGAGAUUUAUCAUAAUCAAAAACAGCUAUUCCCAGUCUGCCAUGGUUUAGCAUGCAUGCUCAUAUAAAAAUGGAUUCUAAGGGUGAGAGCUUUUUGCAUAGCAUACAGAGAAUAUAGAUGUUUCAUUUAUUCCUUUAGAAAUAGUUUGAGACACAUAAGGAAAAAUAGUGUUUUGUUAAAAUAUAGAAAAUAGGUAACAUUCAUAGUUUGUAUUUGUUUCCCUUUAGCUGCUCCCAGGGGCCCCAAACUGUCCAUGAUGCCUGGUAAGGCUAAAGUAGGAGACACCGUCCGCAUUACAGUUCAGGGCCUCCAGAUCUCAUCCACUGGGGUGAGCACAAGAGAAAUGCUUUAUUCUUAUAUUACUUAUACCAGUAACUGUCACACCCUGGCUCUGGGGACUCUUAAAUGUUGAGCCAGGGUGUGGACUUUCUAUGUGUGAUUUUCUAUGUUUUGUUCUAGUUCGUGUUUUCUAUGUUGGCCAGGGUGGUUCCCAAUCAGAGGCAGCUGAUUCUCGUUGUCUCUGAUUGGGAACCAUACUUAGGCAGCCUGUUGGCACUAGUUAUUUGUGGGAUCUUGUUCCGUAGGGUUUGUUUUGGUGUUUAACCUAGGACUUCACGUAUCGUUUGUUGUUUUGUUUUGAUCGUGUGUUUAGUACGUUAAUUAAAUAAAGUAUGUACGCUUACCACGCUGCGCCUUGGUCCGCUUUUCAUAACGACCGUGACAGAAGAUCCCACCAGAAUAGGACCAAGCAGCGUGUGCAGGAGCAAACGCCGGGUAUGGAACAGGAGGUUACUCUGGUAGACGUCCUCCUCGGUUGGGGGAGAAUCACAGAGGAGGAGGCCGUCCGCUACCGGAGGGCGAUGAGGGAGGAUGCCCAGGCAGGAGAGGAGAAGCGGCGCCAACCGGGUCGUCGUCGGACAGGCGAGAGGCAACCCCAAGACAUUUUUUUGGGGGGGGCACACGGCAUGGACGACGGGGAUGCUGGAGGCAGUUACAGGACGUAUCGGCGGAUUAGGAGAGGAGGCCACCAGGUUUGGGGGGCUGGAAGGGAGGUUGGCGGAGCCUAGAGGUAGAGCAGAGCCAAUUCCCCGUACUCAGGCUAGGCAGCGUGAGACUGGGCAGGUUCCGAGUUAUGCGGAGCUGCGUACUGUGCCGCGAGUGGUCCGGCAGAGUCCUGUACGUCCUGUGCUAGCACCACGCACGUGUCGUGCUAAGGUGGGCAUGCAGCCAGGACGGAGUGUGCCGGCUCAACGCUCGUGGCCUCCAGUACCCCUCCUCGGUCCCGGAUAUCCUGCGCCAGUGCCACGUGCUGUAGUGCCAGUACGAGUGCACAGCCCUGUACGUCCUGUGCUGAUGCCUCACACAGAGUGUGUAGAAAUAGGCAUUCAGCCAGGACGGGUUGUGUCAGCUCUUCGCUCCAGACCUCCAGUCCGUCUCCACAGCCCGGUCCGGCCCGUUCCUGCUCCCCGCACCAAGCCAGUGGUGCGUGUCGUCAGCCCGGUCCGGCCCGUUCCUGCUCCCCGCACCAAGCCAGUGGUGCGCGUCGCCAGCCCGGUCCGGCCCGUUCCUGCUCCCCGCACCAAGCCAGUGGUGCGCGUCACCAGCCCGGUCCGGCCUGUUCCUGCUCCCCGCACCAAGCCAGUGGUGCGCGUCGUCAGCCCGGUCCGGCCUGUUCCUGACCCUCGCACCAAGCCAGUGGUGCGCGUCGUCAGCCCGGUCCGGCCUGUUCCUGACCCUCGCACCAAGCCAGUGGUGCGCGUCGUCAGCCCGGUCCGGCCCGUUCCUGCUCCCCGCACCAAGCCAGUGGUGCGCGUCGUCAGCCCGGUCCGGCCCGUUCCUGCUCCCCGCACCAAGCCAGUGGUGCGCGUCGUCAGCCCGGUCCGGCCCGUUCCUGCUCCCCGCACCAAGCCAGUGGUGCGCGUCGUCAGCCCGGUCCGGCCCGUUCCUGCUCCCCGCACCAAGCCAGUGGUGCGCGUCGUCAGCCCGGUCCGGCCCGUUCCUGCUCCCCGCACCAAGCCAGUGGUGCGCGUCGCCAGCCCGGUCCGGCCUGUUCCUGCUCCCCGCACCAAGCCAGUGGUGCGCGUCGUCAGUCCGGCACAGCCUGAUCAGGCACCGGUCAGCUGCUCCACACCGGAGCCUGAGCAAUCCGCUCCACCGGUGUCCAGUCCAGCUCCGGCCAGCGGGGCCAGACCAGACCAGGGGCGCUACGGGGGGGUAGCGAGAGAGUGGUGGUCACGCCCGGAGCCGGAUCCGCCUCCGAGGCGGAAUGCCCACCCGGCCCCUCCCCUGUUGUGUUUGGUUGGCGCGGUCGCAGUCCGCGCCUUUGGGGGGGGGGGGGGGGGGGGUACUGUCACGCCCUGGCUCUGGGGACUCUUAAAUGUUGAGCCAGGGUGUGGACUUUCUAUGUGUGAUUUUCUAUGUUUUGUUCUAGUUCUUGUUUUCUAUGUUGGCCAGGGUGGUUCCCAAUCAGAGGCAGCUGAUUCUCGUUGUCUCUGAUUGGGAACCAUACUUAGGCAGCCUGUUGGCACUAGUUAUUUGUGGGAUCUUGUUCCGUAAGGUUUGUUUUGGUGUUUAACCUAGGACUUCACGUAUCGUUUGUUGUUUUGUUUUGAUCGUGUGUUUAGUACGUUAAUUAAAUAAAGUAUGUACGCUUACCACGCUGCGCCUUGGUCCGCUUUUCAUAAUGACCGUGACAGUAACUACAUUCAACUGUAGGAAAGACAACCACAUAUCACUAUCAUUGAAAGCAAACCUUCUUAAAAAAGAAAUCACUUCUCCAGCAGGUGUCGCGCCACGACUAUAUAAUACAACUGGUAGCUACAUUUGAAUGAAAGUCGCAGAUACAUUUGAAUGAAAGUCAUUCAGCAUGUUUGAGGGAAUCAGUUAGAGUAAGGCGAGCUGGCAAGGCACACAAUCGAUAAUCUUGAUCACAUAGUAUUUAUUUGGGAUGCAAGGUGUCUUGCAUAUCAGUGAUCUUGUGCAGUCUGACUCCAAUGUUGUCAAUCACGUACACACAUUAUUUACAAAGGAUGCUUAUCCCCAUGCACUUCCAGAACAUGGUGUUCCCUGAGCCAUUAUUCACCUGGACCAGGGUGGGAGGUCCUCUGCUGGACGGGAGAGAGGACCAUAAUGGGAGGGAGCUGGUGCUGGAGCGAGUACCGGCCAAGCUCAACGGCUCCAUGUUUCGAUGCACUGCCCAGAACCCUCUGGGCUCCACAGACACAUAUACACGGCUUAUCGUGUUUGGUGAGUGUGUGUGUGUGUGAGGAUUCUCGGUGUCAAGUUACCCUCUCUCCUCAUCCACAUUACUUACUUUGUUUUCUCUGUUUUAACAGAGAACCCCAGACUAAAGAAGGGGAGACACAAUUUAAUUGGUAAGCAUAGAGAGAAUGGACAAUGGUCAAAGUAAGACAUAUCAUCCUACUGAAGAUUAAGUAACUAACACUUAUUUCCUUCUAUUAGUAGAUGCAGCCUAUUGCAAUGAGGCACUGGGGCUGACCACCAUGGUGCUAAUGUUAGCCCUGACAUGGGAGAUGACGUGA